AUGCCUCAUUCGGUACCCUCGUCGCCAAAGUCGACGCCAAAGAAUGGCGGUAACGGCCUCACCAAGUUCACCAACUGCCGUGUCUUGAAGGGCGAUAAACUUGUGGAUGAAGACCUUUGGGUGAAUUCCGUCACGGGGAAAGUCGUCCGCAGCCAAGCUGCGUUCUACGAUGACCUCUGCCUCCCCGACGAGACCAUAAACCUCGGUGGUCGUAUCCUGUCCCCAGGUUUCAUUGAAUGCCAGCUUAAUGGUGCCUUCGGAUUCAACUUUUCGACGUCGUUGGAGCCUGCCGUGUAUGCCAAAAAGAUCAAGGAGGUCAACAAACAAUUGGUGAAAACAGGAGUCACCUCGUAUAUGCCAACUAUCACAAGCCAGCGAAGCGAGCUGUAUAAGAGCGCGUUGCCUUUCCUUGGGCCCUCCGGAGACUACCAGGUUGCCGAGGACGGAGCCGAGUCGUUGGGCGCACACGUAGAAGGCCCGUUCCUGAACCCAACCAAGAACGGCAUUCACAGCGUGGACGUCCUCCGGGAAGCCCAAAGCUUCGAGGAUUUGGUAGAUUGCUACGGCUUAUCCAACAUCACGACAGAUGAGACCGGUAGGCCCUCAUCGAUCAAGAUGAUCACAGCAGCACCAGAACUGGGUCAGAUGACCCGUCUGAUUCCCGAACUCACGAGCCGAGGCGUCAUAUACUCGAUCGGCCACUCUGAGGCCACCUACGAAGAGGCGUCGGCCGCCAUAGCUGCCGGGGCGACAAUGAUUACGCACCUAUUCAAUGCGAUGCGCCCUUUGCACCACCGCAACCCCGGCAUCUUUGGCGUCCUGGGCAUAGCAGAGAGCCUGCCACGCCCCUACUUUGGCAUCAUCGCGGACGGCGAACACCUCCACCCGACCACUAUCAAGAUCGCGUUCAAUUCGCACCCGGAUGGCUUCAUCCUCGUUACUGAUGCCAUGCACAUGGUCGGACUGCCUGAUGGCGCCUACGAAUGGACGAAUGGUGACUGUACGAGCCACAUUGUGAAGAAGGGCCCCAAGUUAAUCCUGGAGGGAUCAGACAAAAUCGCGGGAAGCUCGAUAACACUGAUUGAGUGUGUAUCCAAUUUUCUGAAGUGGACCGGGGCGAGUAUACCGCAAGCCCUGAGAGCCGUCACAACGACGCCCGCGGCCAUGCUGGGUUUGCAGGGGCUCAAAGGGUGCUUGGAUAAUGGCGCUGAUGCUGAUAUGGUUGUUUUAUCGGAAAGCCAAACCAAUGAUGGUCUUGAUCUUGUUGUUGACGAGGUGUGGAAAUUUGGAACGAAGGUGUUCUCCCGUCAAACAUAG